UCGCAACAAAACCUCCAAUACAGUCCAACAUCGCGGCGGCGGAACUCGCGAGCACUGGGACACGCGCACACGUACCUACCGGAGCUUGGCGCGCAAUGGCGGGCGACCAAGUCCACGUGCUCUCGGCGCUCGACGGCGCCAAGACGCAGUGGUACCACUUCACGGCGAUCGUGGUCGCCGGCAUGGGCUUCUUCACCGACGCCUACGACCUCUUCUGCAUCUCCCUCGUCACCAAGCUGAUCGGCCGAGUCUACUACACCGUGCCAGGGUCGCCCCACCCUGGCAGCCUGCCACCGACCGUCGCGGCCGCCGUCAACGGCGUGGCGUUCGUCGGCACGCUCUCCGGGCAGCUCUUCUUCGGGUGGCUCGGCGACAAGGUCGGCCGGAAGAGCGUGUACGGCAUGACGCUGCUUCUGAUGAUCAUCUGCUCCGUGGCGUCCGGGCUGUCGUUCAGCCACACGCCCACGACCGUCAUGGCCACGCUCUGCUUCUUCCGGUUCUGGCUCGGAUUCGGCAUUGGCGGCGACUACCCGCUCUCCGCCACCAUCAUGUCCGAGUACGCCAACAAGCGCACGCGCGGCGCGUUCAUCGCCGCCGUGUUCGCGAUGCAGGGGUUCGGCAUCCUCGCCGGCGGCGCCGUGGCGAUCGGGGUCACCGCGCUGUUCAAGAACCGGUUUCCGGCGCCGCCGUACGCCGUGAACCCGGCGGCGUCCACCCCGGCUGAGGCCGACUACGUGUGGCGCAUCGUCCUCAUGCUCGGAGCGCUCCCCGCGGCUCUCACCUUCUACUGGCGCAUGAAGAUGCCGGAGACGGCGCGGUACACGGCCCUCAUCGCCAAGAACGCCGAGCGGGCUGCCGCUGACAUGUCCAAGGUGCUCCAGGUAGAGAUCACAAAGGAGCAGGCCGGCGAUCUGGAGGUGGCGCACAAGUACCGCCCGUCGCCGUCGUUCGGCCUCUUCUCCGGGGAGUUCGUGAGGCGGCACGGGCUCCACCUCGUGGGCACGGCGUCGACGUGGCUCCUCCUGGACAUCGCCUACUACUCGCAGAACCUGUUCCAGAAGGACAUCUUCAGCGCGAUCGGGUGGAUCCCACCGGCGGCGACGAUGAGCGCGCUGGACGAGCUGUACCACAUCGCGCGUGCCCAGACCCUGAUCGCGCUGUGCGGCACCGUGCCGGGGUACUGGUUCACGGUGGCCUUCAUCGACUCCGUCGGCCGGUUCAAGAUCCAGGCGAUGGGAUUCUUCAUGAUGACAGGCUUCAUGCUGGGUCUGGCCGUGCCAUACGACUACUGGACGGGGAAGGGCCACCAGGCGGGGUUCGUCGCCAUGUACGCGCUCACCUUCUUCUUCGCCAACUUCGGCCCAAACGCGACCACGUUCAUCGUGCCGGCGGAGAUCUACCCGGCGAGGCUCCGCGCGACGUGCCAUGGCAUAUCGGCGGCGUCGGGGAAGGUGGGCGCCAUCAUCGGGUCCUUCGGGUUCUUGUACCUGGCCCAGAGCCCGGACCCGGCCAAGACGGCCCAUGGCUACCUGCCUGGUAUCGGCGUGCGCAACUCGCUCUUCGUGCUCGCCGGAUGCAGCUUGAUGGGGUUUAUGCUCACGUUCUUGGUCCCCGAGCCCAAGGGCAAGUCCUUGGAGGAGAUGUCACGUGAGACCGAGCCUGACAAGUGCUAGUCAUUCGGGCGAAGAUCCACUACAUUAGCUAGUCUACUACUACUAGAUAAUCGACCGUGAAUUUUGCAUUUAGUUUUAGCAGUUAGGGGAUGAUGAGAUGGACAAAUAAUCGUCGGAGUUAUUUUUGGAAGUAUAUACCUCUUCUCUUUACUUGUCGAACUUGUCUUCGUCCUCCCAUGGUGCUUCGGUCGCAAUCGAGAGCAUCAACAACUACAAGCUGGUUCUUUGUUCGUUGUUGUCUCUGAUGUUGUAAGCUGUUUAUCAGCACCUUGUAUUCUUUUUUUCCUUUCAAAUGGAGGAAAUAUCACCCUA